AUGACUUCGCGCAGAACUGGAGCGGACCUAAAUAAGGGGUAUUCGGCCGUUGAGUUCCGCGCAGAAGCUGUGGACUGGCCAUUCUCGGUUUAUCAUGAAUAUAUGUCUAAUAACGAAGAUGAAAGCCCGCUAUAUCUAUUCGAUAAGGGUUUCGCGGAGAAGAUGAAUAUUAAGAUCGGGCAUGUUGCAGAUGCGGCAUACUGGCCUCCUGAGUGUUUUGGCCCGGACUUAUUCGAGUUGCUUGGAGAAGAAAGACCAGCUCAUCGAUGGCUCAUUAUCGGACCUAAGCGUAGCGGUUCGACCUUUCACAAGGAUCCAAACGCCACCAGCGCCUGGAAUGCUGUUUUGGAAGGAUCGAAAUACUGGAUUAUGUUUCCACCAACAGCGCAGGUUCCUGGCGUCUACGUUUCAGAGGAUAGCAGUGAAGUCACCAGCCCGCUGAGCAUAGCUGAAUGGUUACUCGAGUUCCAUACGGAAGCACGUGCCGUACCGGGCUGCGUGGAAGGCGUUUGCAAAGCGGGAGAGAUUUUACACGUGCCUAGCGGCUGGUGGCAUUUGGUUGUGAAUCUUGAGGCUGGCAUAGCCCUCACUCAAAACUUCGUGCCCAAGUCACACCUAGCAGAUGUUCUCUCUUUUCUUAGAGACAAGCCAGACCAAGUGACCGGCUUCAAAAGUAACAUCGAAAGCCCAUAUGACCUCUUCGUAGAGCGGCUUAAGACCGAUUAUCCUAAACUUCUUGACGAUGCUCUUGAUGAGCUAGAACAGAGGAGCCUGACGAAGAAAAGAAAAUGGGAGGAGGCUAUCGGGAAGAAGAGUGACGAUGAGAAUGGUGAUGGUGGUUUCAGCUUCGGCUUUGGAGGUGACUCUGACGAGGAGAUACCUUAG